AUGACAUCGUUCUUGAAGCCUGAGAAUGCUCUCAAAAGGGCUGAAGAGUUGAUCAACGUUGGGCAGAAGCAGGAUGCUUUGCAGACUCUUCAUGACCUCAUUACCUCAAAGAGAUAUAGAGCAUGGCAAAAGACACUUGAAAGGAUUAGGUUCAAGUAUGUUGAACUUUGUGUGGACAUGCGCAAAGGACGGUUUGCUAAAGAUGGGCUUAUUCAAUACAGAAUAAUUUGUCAACAGGUCAAUGAUAGUUCACUUGAAGAGGUUAUUAAACACUUUAUGCACCUCUUGAGAAAGCUGAACAAGCCCGAAGCCAAGCACAGGCAAGCACUUGAUGUCGAUGAUUUAGAGGCUGAUAAAAGGCCGGAGGAUUUGAUGUUGAGCUAUGUCAGUGGGGAGAAAGGAAAGGACAGAUCUGAUCGAGAGCUUGUUACCCUAUGGUUUAAAUUUCUUUGGGAGACAUACAGGACAGUGUUAGAAUCGCGCAGCGGAAUGUUCGCGUGGUCGGACAAAAACCAAGAGGGGGGGUGA